GAGGUGUGAGCAUGCACAAUCAGAAAGAAUGUCACAGUGUGUCGUGCUCGACCCAACAUAAGAGUGCUCUGCACAAGAGGUUGUACUGUUGGAGUCAGUGCCUUGCCAGGUAAACUGUCUGCUGGCUACAGCCCAUCUCUGGGGACAGCAAGGUCAGAGUGCAGGGGACAGAAGAGGGCUGGGUCCCUGGGUCAUCUGUUCCUUUGAGGCAUCAGUGACAGCUGUGAAGAUCCUGCUCUCACUUGAACCUUUUUGCCCUUAGAGUUUCAGCCGAGCCAUCUGCUUCACCUCAGCCACCAUGAGCUGUCAGAAGUGCAGGUCCCAGGAACUUAACCAGGAGAACAAUUUGAAAAGAGAGGACGUCUUGCCUCAGGUCGGAAAAGCACCACAGAAUGCUACCAAUAGUUCUCAAAAGAAGACGGAAUCAAAGAAAAGGCAAAAGGAUAUAACUAAUACUCAGGAUCAAGAAUGCCAUUUUCCUAAGAAAAUUAGAGAAGGCCAGAGCAUGCAUCAAAAUAAGCUCAUUAAUGUUAUCUUGGAUGUGAACCACAGAAAAAAUGAAAACAUGAAGCCUGUGCUCCAUCACAGUGAUCAGGUCAGCUUAAAGGAGGUGCUCAGCACCCUCAAAGCUGUCAGAGAAGAGGCGAAGUCUCAGGCAGGCAAGGAGAUGCUGGUGUGUGGCACGCAGGGAGUUGAAGGCUUCCUAAACCCCAGGAUGCCCCUCAGUUGUCUUCCUAAGGAGAGCACUGUGAAAAUUACUUUCUCCAACCAUGUAAGUGGACAGGAAAAUCAAGUGCUUAGCCAGCAGGACAGGAUGUCCACUGACUGUGUCAAAUUUUAUAUUCACGCAAUAGGGAAGACAAGAGAAGUGAUUAUUAAGUGCAGGGAACUUCACAAAGAAGGAAACAUGCUCUGUGUCUUUGGUUUCAAAGGAGAAACCAUCAAGGACGCUGUGUGCAGGGACGGCAGGUUCCUUCCUCUCCUGGAGAACAGCUCCUGGAGGCUCGUCUACAACCUGGACUCCAUCAUAGAAAGCACCCAGCUGGUGGACCAGCUCGAGGGAAAGCUCUUCCAGGUUGAAGUUGAAAACAGGAGCGGCGUGAGCGUGGCAGCCACACCCUCAGCCACCUGGAAUUCUGAAUCAGAGAAAAGCAGUCUCCGUGUGUUGAAAGAAUACAUUGUGGAAGAGUAUCCCAGUUUGAAAAGAGAAAGGGAAAAUUUCAGAGAAAACCUCGAGGAAGAAAUGAAAACAACAAAGAAAAGCAAAUCUGCACUAGUGACACUGCACAGAACAAACUUCAGGAAACAGACAAACAGUUCCUUCCUAAUUAAAACACACAAGCUCCUCUCACGCGUCAGCGAGUCUGUGGGACACUUACGCUGGGACAAUAAUGGAAACGUGGGCAGCGCUACCUGCUUUGUCUUCGCACAGUCAUUCGUUUUCACUUGCCAGCACGUGAUCAGGGACAUGGUGGGGCCUGGAGUAGAGCCACGUUGGUGGGCAGAUGUCAUUGGCCGCUGUGCGUGGGUGACAUUCAGUUAUGAAGAGUUUGAAACAAAAGACCACGACCGCUUUGACUUUGAACCUUGGUUUGAGAUAAGUGAUACAACCCUCGACUACGCUGUUCUGAAACUGAAGGAAAAUGGGGGAGAAGCACCUCCAGGGCUCUACAACGGAACCGCCCCUCCACCACCUAAUGGGUUGGUUUAUAUCGUUGGCCAUCCUGAAGGAGAAAGUAAGUGCACUGACCGCUGUGUUGUAAUUCCUCAGAGUGCACGAGGUGAGGCAGGUCAGAGAAAUGAGGAAGGAUCCGUGCCUGAGCCUGACUGCGGGCCUAGCUUCGUCCACAUGUACUCUCAAAACAGUUUCCAGGAGGAUCUUCACAACCCUGAUGUUGGUACCUGUGACACCUCUUUUUAUCAAGGUUUUUCUGGCUCACCAGUGUUUGAUUCCAACGGCUCUUUGGUGGCCAUGCAUACUGCUGGCUUCUUUGAUCAGCACCGUCUCAUUGAGUUUGGCUCUGCCAUGCGGUCCAUCCUCUCUCACAUUAAGCACAAUUACAAAGAGUGGUAUGAACAAGUGUGUGCGCAUCAGCAGGAAGUAGAAAUGUUGAGUCAAGAGUAGCGAGGACCCAUGAGCACUUGCCUCUGUGGUUGCUGUCAGAGCAAGCAUGAUGGUUUUCUGACUUCCAAAGUGGUCAGUUGGUGUUGGGGAGAUACCGUAGUAGAAUAAGCAGUUGCAUGGCAAGUUCAAUCCCCAGUUCCACAAAAAA